AUGUCCAAGUCUGAUGUCUCGACUAUCGGGCAGUGGAAGCAGCAAAGACUUUUGAGCUUUCUGGCGUCCAAGAUCGGUAGUAAAAACAGAUUAGUUCGGCUCGCCGUUCUUGUUGUGCGGUUUUCGACUAGUGCAGUUGGAGUAUUACAUGCUAUUUCGUUAGAACUAGACUUAGGAUGCACGGCUAGCAUUCUGCUGCAUUUGACCUUCUACGCGGGUGCCCAGAAUUCUUGGCAGCGCAGACGAAGGUGUUGUUUUUGGUAUGCAUUCACUGGCGUUCUAGAAGCAGAACUGGACGCAUUUCGUCAGUGGUGGAACACCCACAGAAUAAGGAAGACGAAAACUGGGCAAUGUCCUGGCGGCAUUCCAGAGGAUAUCUUUGCUUUGCCUCAGCUAACCGGAACGCAGGACUACUUGUGCCCUAUUGAUUCUGAGGUGUUUGGCGAGGCUUAUGAGCAACUGGCCUCUGUUGAGCCUAGCUUCUAUAGUCAAAGGUUUGAAGACGCCGCUCAGAGUUGUCUUAGUGUGAUGGGAAUCAGAGCUGCAAACAUAGCUUCAGAAAACUGUGUGAUGAACGGCGGCCUCCAACUUGGCCAACCGUCAGAUUCUUUCAAGAGACUACAGUCUUGCAACCUGCUUCGAUUUACUAAAUCAAAUGACGAAUGCUUGAGAGCCCUGGCAACUAUAAAGAUUUCAAGAGAGACUGAGUUGUCAUCAACCAGAUUUAGUGCCGGCAGUUUCUUGGCAACUCUUGAUACUUCGCCUGGGUGCCUGCAAUCAAAAAUAAAGAACAUCAAAAAGACGAUUACGGAAUCAUCAAAUAAUCGUCAUUUGUCACAUCUUACCUCCCUGUCUGUACAAGGUCAAGCGGCUCGAUUCAAGGACGUGGAAGCUGAGCACUUUGCCUUGUCCCUAAAAUCUCUACCCGAUGACUUGUUCAAAUGGGCAAUAAAUGGGCUCCAGGACACCCUCCCAUCAGCAACCAACUUACAGUUGUGGAAGAAAAUUUCGUGCAAUCAAUGUCCUCUCUGUCACCAACCCCAAUCGCUGUGCCACGUGCUAAAUGCAUGUCCCAGUCUACUUGAUCGAGGUUUGUACAAACAGAGACACGACAAUACGCUGAGACUAUUUGUGGACUUUCUAAAACGUCAUCUUAGUCAACAGUUUUCCAUAGUAGCCGACCUACCAGAAUCAGUAUACAAUUUUCCUGUCGAUAUAACCUGUACCUGCCUUCGUCCAGACAUUGUUGUUUGGAAUGCCGUCCUCAAAAAGGCCUGGAUGCUUGAGCUGUCGGUCCCAUUCGAAACAGUCGUGGAAGAAACGAAGGCCCGGAAAGAACGCCGCUAUGCCCAACUUGUCAAAGAUGCUAACCAUCAGUAUAAGACGGAGCUUUUGCAUCUCUUGGUUGGGUCGAGAGGAUUGAUUUUUCCUGAAACUCGACGAGCAGUCUGCAUGUUGUGCAAGCCUCUUCAACGCGACUUGGACGAUCUGUUUCAAGCUGUCAUUCAUUCCACCCUGAAAGACUCUUUUCGAUGCUGGUUGGCAAGAAGAGACAACAUCUCUUAACUUAAAAGUGUUUUUUUGUUGUUGUAAUUUCUGCUUUUAAUCAUUUGUGAUGUAUAGUCUUCGACUGGACCUCUACAUAGCACUCCAGAACUCUACUUCUGUUAUAGUGCUACCAGUCCUGUAGACGCUUAUUGUACUGUAUCGUUCGGUAUAUUACAAUAAAGGACCUUCCAUA